AUGUUCAUUACUGUGAUAUCUGGUGAGGGAAGAGAGGAGAUAUUGAACAUAAAUUGCAAGGUUAUAAACUUCAUCCACUGCAUAAAAGAAAAAUGCAAUCUGGAUCCCCAAGAGACUGUGGACUUGAUGGACAGGAUGGGAGAGCUGGUGAACUUGGCAGAGAGAGCACAGAGCACUGACCUCGUCAGCAGUUUGCUGAAGGAGAGAGAGAGCUAUAUUCCAUUACAUGUAUCACGAGGUGAAGGCAGUGAAGGUCCAAAGUAUACUGCAGUGUUUGACUUUGGGACAAGUUACCCUGAGCUAGCAGAGAUUCUGAGAAAACUGUCAAAUCCUUCAAAGGAGAGGGACAAAAGGGGUGGAGCAUCUAAAAGAGGAGGAGUAAGUCAAAACCGCAUCAAAGCUGCUGUCAACUUUAAGAAAGCCAUCACAACACCUCGGAGCUGA